CUUGGGCGCAACUCCCCAACGACACUCUGCGACCACACCCCCGGCCGCCUUUCCCCGCCACCCCCGCCAUUUGACGCUCCAGGCUGUCAUGGCAGAGCAUGUGUUCCAAAAAAGUAACCCCAUCCUUGGUCGAGGCAACUACCACGCCAAGGUUGGCAACGAUGGCAAGCAGCAGAAGUUCAAGAUAGUUGAGGGCAUGCGCAUUGACAGCUCGUUGCCCCAAUCCCCGAGUAUCUUGGCCACUCGCGCCGACAAACGUGGUGACCCCGAUCGGUUCUCUACGACGGCGCGGGAGUUUGGGAGCGAGCUGACGAUGAAAGACGAGAGCGUUUUUGCCCCUGCGAACGUGACCAAAGUGCUGCGGUUCUACGCGUUCUUCGAAGAAACAGUCGACGAAAGUCCGUCCGAAUUGUUCCGGCUUCGCAAAAGCAUGAUCUUGCUCUACCUUACCGACGACACCAUCGAGAUCAUUGAGAACAAGGUCGCCAACAGCGGGCUGCCCCAGGGUACGUUCCUCAAACGCGGCAAGCUCCAAAAGCCCAACAACGGCGGCCACUACAAAAUGGAAGACAUCUACGUGGGCAUGCACUUUCCGAUCUACGGUCGCAUUUUCAAGUUGUACAGUUGCGACGCGUGGACACGGGCGUACUACUCGGAGCACGGCAUGGACCUCCAUCCUGACAUUGACAUUCCCAAGGAUGAAUACACAUUGAGUCGGCAGGAAAUCGCCAAGUUGUGCGGUGGCGAAGUCGGUCAUUUCUACGGGAAAAAGAACAGCGCGCUCAAGACGUUCAUGGAAGCCACGUUGGGGAACCACGGUCUCCAGAGCAUGAAGAAGAAAAAGUUUUUGGAAAAUUGCCGCAAGGUGCUCAACUUCAAAUGCGAGUACGACGACCGCGACAAGCUGUACGGCGACUUGAUGGCGUACAGUUUGAAUUAUUUUUUGGAAGACGACACGAUCGAAAUCAAGGAGGUCGAGAAGCCCAACUCGGGGCGCGACCCGUUCCCGCUCCUGCUCUCGCGCUGCCGGCUCCUCAAACAGUGGGAAGGUGCAAUCCACGACGAACAAGAUCGAGGCGUCGAGGAGCCCACUGGCCGGUCCGCUUACUUCAAUGAAGAAGACCUGUACGUCGGCGCCGUGAUCAAUGUGUUCAGCCGGCCCGUCAAGCUCGUCGACGCCGACGUGUACACACGAAAGUAUUAUGCCGACACGUGGGGCGUCCAGCUGGCGCCGCCCAUGUACCACGAAGAGCCACGGCAGGAGAAGAAGAAGCCCGAUCCACCUCCGUACACUGGGUAUGGGACGGAGGAAGAUUCGCUGGGGUCGGUCACGCAUUUGGUGCCGAAAGUGCCCAAAAAGGACUUCAUCAAGAUGUCUGAAAACGAUCGAAAAGUGCUCCGUUUCUCGGCCAAGAUGGUCUCAACGCGGCGCGAACAAGCCGCGCGGCAGUUCAUCGUGGCGUUUUACCUCGCCGAUGAUACAGUGUCCAUCUACGAGCCGGAGCAGCGCAACUCUGGAAUCGUAAGCGGCAAGUUCCUCGAACGCGGUCCACACAAGAAACCCGACGGCGCGCGCUAUCACCUCGAGGACUUUCAGCUGAGUUCCCGCGUCAUCUUCAACGCGUACGAGUUUCAAAUCCACGACGCCGACGACUACACAAAAAAGUACCUCGGCUUGCUCUAGCCCGUUCCGACCAAGCAUAUCGAUUGCUUGCCUGGCAACCGUAGAUUGUAUAUCAAUAAUGCAGACGAACCUUUCGAGUUGGCA